AUGGGCUUCGUACUUAUUUACUGCUCAACCAUCAACAACAUCAACAACAUCAACAACAACAACAACAUCAACAACAACAUCAACAACAACAUCAACAACAACAACAUCAACAACAACGAAGCUCUGGCGAAGAUCACGCGUGCAACCGCGCUCAUCCCAUUUGCGUUAUAUUUGAGGAUCCAGAUGGUUUUGUCCUCCGAAGACUACUGCGUCGAAGGCUUCUGCUUCAGUUACGACGCUAAGACUAGUGAUUUCAAAUCUGGCCAAGAACACUGCGCCUCAAAGAACAAAACCCUUCUGGAGUUGAGGACUUUUAAAACUUAUGCGGCUUUCUGUAACAUGACCACCAAUUUCAAUCCGUUUAUUUGGUAUUGGCUGAAUAUAAACCUAGUUGACGCUUCAUCAUACCUUUCAAAAGUUUCAUCUCAGUUUUCUGAGUAUUGCCUUGGCAGUCACUGUUUCAGUUACGACGGAAGAAGGCUUGACCAGCAGUCAGGUCGAGAUUAUUGUAAAUCAAUAGGCAAAACUCUCCUCAAGAUAAGGGGACAAGAAAUUGAGAAUGACUUGUGUAACAUAAUAAUGAACUUAGUCACAGAUUACUCUUAUGAAGUACUCUGGGUGAAUGUUUACAGAGAUAAUGAUAGGUUAUAUUGGAGUUCGGACGGUAGCGAAGUUGCUCUCAACAUUUUUGGAUUUAGCGGAACUUUGGCAAAUGAUACCCAAAUGGUAGCGUUUUACUGCAAUCCCGUAGACAAGAUGUGUCGCUGGAUUGAAAUAAUGAACAAGAUGGAAUGUUUUUUCGUCAUCUGCUACAACAGAAAGUCUUUAACAACCACGCUAACACGCGAAACCAUUGAAUAUGCUAAACGUGAAUCUCUUUUUGCAAUCGAACUGGCUCAACUGAGAUGUCGACAACAACAACUACAACGACAACAACAACAGCAUUUACGUCAACAACAACAACAAGGACAACAUCAACUACUUCGCCAACAUCAACAGCUUUUACUUCAACAACAACAACGACAACUCAACUACUUCGACCAUAUCAACAACCACGUCGGCAACAUUUGCUUCAACAACUACUACAAUAGCAACAUCAACUGCAUCUAUAACAUCAACAGCAAUAAGCUCCUCAACCAUGUUCACUUCAUUGACAACAUCAACGAUUAUGACAUCAUCAAUAAUGUCAUCAUCACUGACAACAUUAUCAACUACAACACCAUCUUCUACAACAACAACAUCAACAACAACAACAUCAUCAGCAGCAACAACAUCAGCAUCUUCUUCGUCAUCAUCGUCUGA